AUGGAGGAUGAAGAUGGAGUGCCGUCGUCUCAAGGGAUCGAUUUCUGUACGAUGGGAAUGUUCAUCAUAGAUGAAAUCCACUACCUCCCUCCAAAGCCUCCAGUCUUCGAUGUUCUCGGCGGAGGAGGAGCAUACUCUGCCCUUGGAGCUCGACUCUUCUCACCACCACCCCUCUCCCAAACUAUCUCCUGGAUCGUCGACCGCGGCUCCGACUUCCCCCCUCACCUCACCACCCAAAUAAACUCCUGGUCAACAUCAUGCCUCAUCCGAGACGACCCAACGCGCCUCACUACCCGCGGCUGGAACGGCUACGACGACCUCGAAAACCGCGCUUUCAAAUACACCACGCCCAAACUCCGCAUCGACGAACACGCCCUCACGCCCUCCCUCCUCUUCUCCAAAUCCUUCCACAUGGUCUGCUCCCCCACCCGCUGCAUCUCCCUCGUAACCGGCAUCCUCCGCCACCGCAAAGCCAUCAACCCCUCGGCCCCCAAACCCCUCUUCAUCUGGGAACCCGUCCCGGACCUCUGUCUCCCCACCGAGCUCCUAAACUGCACCAACGCCCUCCCCUACGUCGACAUCUGCUCCCCCAACGCCAACGAACUAGCUGGCUUCAUGGGCGAUGACGAAAUAGACCCCUCCACCGGCCUCAUCUCAACCACCUUCGUCGAACGAGCCUGCGAACAGCUCCUCGGCUCCAUGCCCCUCCAAUCCUUCGCCCUCGUCAUCCGCUGCGGCGCCCAAGGCUGCUACGUCGCUAAGAACGGGGGCCGCUCCCGUCGAGCCUCCAUCGUGAAGCGUAAACGACCCCGGAAUUACGCCAGAGGUGGCUUAACUUUAGACAUGGACAUGGAAUCCCUAUUCGCCGGCCUUUUGAACGAAGACGGCAGUUUUGAGCGCGAAGAAGUGCCCAUUGAUCCAGGUAUCGAGCUGUGGCUUCCGGCGUUCUUUAGUAAAGGGGAGGAAGAGAGAGUCGUUGAUCCUACGGGCGGCGGGAAUGGGUUCCUAGGCGGACUGGCGGUUGCGUUGGCGAGGGGGAGGGGGGUUGAGGAGGCGGCUGUGUGGGGGAGUGUCGCGGCUAGUUUUAUGAUUGAGCAGGUUGGUGUUCCGGUCCUGGGGGUGGAUGAGGAG